AUGGCAAAGAAGAUCAAGGAGAAGAAGUUGAAGGAUCCUAAGAAUAUUCCACUGGCCCAACCUGAUCGGUCCGGCCCUAGCGAAGCUACACUGCUGCAGCUUGCUAAGGAGAGGGGGCUCUUUGAUCAGGCAGAUAAGGACCCGAGGAACAAGCACUUACCCAAAGGCGCCGUUCGAAUUGACAAGCCACAUGUAGAAGACAGCGAUGGAGAAGAUGAAGAUGGGGACGAGGCUCUACUUUCGCCCUUAAUGGACCGCAUAAUGGAUUCGCUUCUGUGGACUAUUAGCCUUGCCAUCCUUCAUGGUACGCUUGAUGUGCUUGUCCAGAACCAGUAUGCUAUUGCGAUUGAAUGGCCGACCGUUAUCACUCGGACUGUGGUCGCGUUCUUGGUUCUUUUCUUCCUUUUCUACAAUCUCCACGAGCACCGGUCUAGCCCGAAUCUGGUUCCGUGGCUUCCGCUCCGAUUCCAGCACCCUAUUCGGCAGGUCCUCUUCUUCGUGAUGAGUCUCUCUGCUGGGUGUUAUCUGAUAUACAUCACCAACAAGUACAGUUACCUCAACACUCUGAAGCAAGCCCCGACGUUGGGCUGCUUAUGGGUCUGGGCUGUACUGGAACUUGACUUAGCCAUGGCUACCGCGAGUCUGGCUAUGGUAGCAGCGUUCCUGGUACAGGGGGGAUACAGCAUCAAAUAA